GUUUUUCAUGAAUCUUCCCAAGUUUUUUGUUUUACUGUGCAAUGUUACUAUGAUAACUGGAAUUAACCCAUUGAUUCAUGUAGUCAACUAGUCUGCACCAUUCUUUUGGGAUUAAGGUUUAGACAACUUCACUCAAAAUUAUCUAGACAGAGUCUUCACCCAAGCUUUUUCAAACAAGAUACUUCUAUCUCAUUUCAUUUUAUGCUUAAGUAAAAGCAUGUAAUGUUUGAUGUAGUUGUCUAUGACUAUAUCAGUUAGCAAUUUCUAUAUUCAAAAAAUAAUAUUGACAACAUUAUGCACAUAAUUUUCAAAAAAAAAAACCUUAAGUUGCAAGUUGCAACGAUCUUUGAUGACAAUCUCUCACGUUGAUUUGUGUUGGUUUAUGUAGUUGACCCCAUAAGUUAGAAUUCAUGUUUUGGCAUUGUUGUAGCUUCAUUUGCAAGGGUUGAACCAGGUUUUGAAGUGUCUUUUAUUCUUUGAAGCUAUGCAUUUGAGUGUGUCUUCUAAAAGUUGAUUGACCUGGCUUUUACUGCACUUCCUUUAUGCAUAGUACUAGUAUUUCCUUUCAAGGUUUAAUGAGACCCAAGUUUCAAUCGGGAAGUACCUCUCAUGCAAUAUUUCAUUACUUUCGUGUCAUUGAGUGACUCUUGUAGAUGCGAGAUUUGAGAGAUUUGAUGAACAUAACCUUGUUCUUGUAAAAUUAAAAUUGUGUUUUUGAUUGAACUUUAAUAGAAUUUCACACGAAUAAAGUACGCAUAAUUUAAGAAUUAUAUUUUAAUAUAUAUAUAUAUAUAUAACAUUAUAAUUUGCAAUUGAAAAUCUAAUAUUUUUGAGGUUAUAAAAAUUGGAUAAUAAGAAUCUGUUACAAAUCAAAUUAAUAUAUGAUGAUGCUUUGGGGGUGUUUGAUUAAAUAAUUUAGGAUAAUUUUAGCUUACAUGUCAAACCAUCUAAUUCUAGUUUUUUAAUCAAUUAGUCGAUUGAAACAAAUUGUUAUGAAUCAGCUAUUUUUAAACAUGUUGCUUUUAACGUGUUCAAAAUCAACUGCUCUAACCAAUUGAUAAAAUCAAUUGAUCAACUACCAUCUAUCAAAUAUGGGUCGUUUACCAAGUAUCUUUUAUAUUUUAAGUUUAAGCUCCUAUGUUCUAUUCUACCUUCCUAUUGGGUCAUCCUUUACUUUAAAUCAAUCAAUGAUACGUUCAUAUAAUUCUUAUUAUGUUUGUGUUCUGAAUUAUGAAGAUAAUCAUUAGUCCUCAGCUGCUUAUAAUUUUUUUUCCUAAAUUCCUUGGUAAGGGGGAUUAUCAUUAUAAUUUAUUAUUCAUCCAGUGUCUUAACCUUUUCAUAUAAUUUAUCUUCUUUUUUUUCUAAAGUUAUUUCAUACUAUUAUAUUUAUCUUAAUGCAGCUGUUAGGUGGCUCAUUAAAGGCAUAUUUUGAUGAUGAUUAUAAUCUUAAAUUUUUAUUAAAAAAAUAUUUUACCAGCUGUAGUCACUAGAUUGACUUGAAAAUGAAUACUCCUAUACUAAUACAGUAAUACUCUUUUCUCCAUCUCGUUGAAUUUGCUAUAAUACAGAAGUCAAAGUAAAUGUAAUACUCAUUUAUUUUAGCAAAUUCAAAGCGCUAGAAAGAAUACUUUAUUGAUUGAUUUCUUUGUUACAAAUAAAACCCAAUUAGAUCAAACUUAGCGACUCACCAUCAAAGUACACAAUAUUGACUGUUUAUGGCAUUCUUGUAUUGUGAUUGCAUUGUAUAUUUUUUAAGGUUAAUAAUAGUAAAACCAUCCACCUCAAUGGUUGACCUUUAUAAAGGCAGGCUGAGGCUUUAACCCCGGAAAAUUUGAAAUGAUUAAGAUAAAUUAUCAACAAAAUGAACAAAAUAAGAUAAGUUUCAACUUAUUUCCAAAGGUAAGCGUGAAAUUCUCAAAUCUGUGGUUUGGGGCUGUUCGUAGUUAGUAACUGCGAACAGGUAAAAGAAAAACACAAUAGUUGUUCGUAGUUACUAACUGCGAACAACUUUGACCUUUUUUUUGACCUGUUAACGAUGGAAGCUGCUGUGCAUAUCUGUGGAGCUAGCUGUUCGCAGUUACUAACUGCGAACAGGUUAAAAAAAAGUCAAAGUUGUUCGCAGUUAGUAACUGCGAACAACUAUUGUGUUUUUUUGACCUGUUCGCAGUUAGGAACAGCGAAUAGCCCCAAACCAUAGGUUUGGAAAUUUCACGCUUACUUUUGGAAAUAAGUUGAAACUUAUCUUAUUUGGUUCAUUUUGUUGAUAAUUUGUCUUAAUCAUUUCAAAUUUUCUUAACCCCGAGACUUGGCCCACCAAAAUGGAUUUGGAUCAUUAAAUUUUACAUUAGAUAUAUCUCUAUGUAAAAAUUAUUCGAGAUCCGCCAUUGUUCCAGAUUCGCAAAAGUGAUUUUGUUAUACGAUAUUUUGCCCUAUGAUUAGCACCUUAAAAUGUCUCAAAUUAGGACUACCUCUAUUUAUCGCCUUGAAUAUUGGUGUUUGAUAUUGUAAAAGAACAUAUUCGACAAUUCUAGCUUAUUUUGACACAAAGAGAUGUGGUAAGGGUCAAACCAUCGAAUGUUAGUGUUAGGUAAAUUAGCUGCUUGAAGCAACUUGUUGUCGGCUCAAAUUCAGUUGUUCAAAUUACUCACUUCAUUCAACUACUAUAUAUCAGUAAUCAGUCAUUUGCAAAAUACCUCCUGUAUGACUGUGUCAGAGUUAGAUUUAGGAAUGGGUCUUGGAGAUUGAUUCAUCUUUUGACUAGUGUAGUGCUGUUAUUCUAUUAUGUUCAUUGUUAGGUACUUUUGAAAUUUACAAAUGCCCUAAAUCACAAUCAAAUUUAGAUGUGGUUUAAAAAUACGUAAUAUCGCUUAUUUUCCACUCUUUAAGAUAGAGUACAUAUCAAGUAAAGAAAGUGGUAAUGUUGAUAACUGUUUACUACUAAUUGGCAAAAUCUUUUGGUGACUUUUCUCACAAGAGAGGUAAGUGGGAACCAAAAAAUAUAGGGACCCCACCAACUAUAGCAAAGAAGCUAAACAUCAUAAGUUAGAUACUAGGAUUUUGAUACAUAGUUUGCUACUAAAACCUGUCUUUUUGCUCUAAUUUGACAUGAAUGUUUUCAAGUACUAUUGUAUUGUCAAUGUUACUUAAUAUAGAUUAAUCUUAUGCUUACCUACAUGCUAUUAUAUCUUUAAAUUUAUUAUUAAGUGGACUUCUUAUUUAUGUGAAAUCAGCGUAUUAUACCUGAUAUAAAUAAAGGGUUUGUAGAAAAUAAUGUUAUAAUUUACAAAAUUCGAUUUAAUACUAGAAAUGAAUGAAAAACGAGAAAAAUUUUGGGUUUUGGAAAUCGAACUUGUAUUAUUAUUAAAUUUACGCACUGUUUCGUAAUCCUAAAAGUAUUAUAUUAUAACAAAAGUAGAACGUAACAUAAACAUAAUAGUAAAAGAUUUAAAGAUCGAGACGCAUUCAUUUAGUGUUUUGAAUUGCAUGUCCGUAAUGUUUUGUGCGAACUGUUCGAAACGUUGUAUGGGGAAAAGUUUUGCGCUUUGCGCUUUAAUAUGGUUGGAAAGAGCCUCUUAUAUGUAAUUGCUUUAAAUCUUGCUUAGAUGAGAGUCACUUAAUGAUAUUAAGGUAACUGGGAUGAGAAAUGAAAUGUGCAACCACAUCUUUAGAUAUUGAACUAUUUUAUUCUGUUCCUGUUUCUUUCCCACCAAACCAACAUGGUGAGAGAUCGAAUGGAGAAAUUCGCCGUUCUUCCGUUCUCCAUGGGAUGUGUUUCUCAAGCUAGUGUUGCUGUGGCUCAACAAAGAACUAAAAGAUCAAAAACAGAUUUACAAUCACCUUCAUUAAGAAUUCAAGAAGAAGAUGAUGAUGAGAGUUUAUGUGCUGAGAGUUUGAAGCAUUCUUCAAGGUUUAUGGCACUUCCAAGAUCUAACUUAUCCACAGGGGUUAACAGACUUGUGAAAGGUUUCAAAAGCCUUUCACAAUUAUUCAUAUAUGAAGAUGAGAUGGAAGAGCUAGGCAUGGACAUGGAGAUAGGGUGCCCUACAGAUGUAAAGCAUGUAACCCACAUUGGAUGGGAUAACAUACCCAACACAGACCAACUUAUGGGUUGGGAUAAUAUCAUCACUACAAACAUGCUUUCAUCUUCUCAUCCCCCUAAUUCUGCUGAAUCUGCUGUUAACUUGGAACAGUGCUUAAAGCAGUUUAAGAUUAAUUCUUCAACUGCUCCUGAAAAUGACUCUUCAACUCUCUAUCAUUAGCUUAUUCUUGAAGAUUAGUACAUGUUUGCUUUUCAUCUUAUUAUACUACUUUAUUAACAUUUGAUGUAGUAUAUAUAUGGUAUUGCAAUCAAAGUUGUUUUCUUUCUGAUUUGGUGUGUACCGAGCUACCCUGUUGUAUCGAUGGUUGAUAGGUCGAACUUUUAACGAUAAGAUUAAGGGAUCAAACACUAGUAUCAUCGACUAUUUGAUGAAUGAUGAUGUGGAGUGUACUACAAUUGUUUUGCUAGUUUUGUGUCAUUAUGUACAAAUCAUGACAAAUUUUAUAUUGCACCACCACCAAUCCAUAAUCAUAUUGCAUAUACUUUCUAUUUGGAUUGUGGUUGGUUAUGAUUGGUUUGAAUUAGAGUGUGUUCAUGUGUUGUAAAGGACAAGUUGUGGAUUGUAGAUGGGGAAAGGUUAUAUCUAUAGAUGUUUGCUUUGUGGUUUA